UUACUUUUGCGUUACGAAGUUUGCGACUACUCAAGUGAGAGGUGCUUGAAGAUGGGCGACCGAAGAGACUACGACCGUAGGAGGACCAGGUCCGGAAGUGAAGAGAGAGUGAAUAGCAGGGGUUCCGACCGUCAGUAUGACCGAGGAGGCGAGCGUUUCUAUAGGCGAUCUCCCCCAAGAUGCUUCUCUUGUGGAGAACGUGGUCACUAUGCAAAUCAGUGUCGGAACAACAGACCUGCGACCGAGAGCCGCCCGUCGACAUCGCAUGACGUACAAAGAGGCGGAUCAACAUCACCAAGAAGGGAGGGAACGAAGAACGCGAGCGGAUCAUCAUCCCAGGAUUCGGACCUGCGACAGCAACUGGAGGAACUUACUAAGAGCCUGGCUGGUAUGUCUGAGUUCGUCCAAUCUGAGAAAUUGAAGAAGGCGGAGGAGGAGAAAGCGAAGAAAGAGGUGGAGGAGGAGGAACAAAGACUAGCGGCUGAGAAGUUGGAGCAGCAAAGAAAGGAACGUAGAAGAAUGGAAAAGAUACGUAAGGAGAAUGAAAGAUUGGCGGAGAUUGGCAAGAAGGUGGAGCUCCAGAUCGCAAUCAAGACGAGUGAGUUCUUCGACCGGGUUGAAGCAAGUUUGGGACCUGCGUUGACACUAGCCCGUAAGGCGAAGGGUAAGAAACAAGUGGUUCACGUAUUUGACCCUGAACCAAGUUCGGGGAAGGACAGCGACAGCAGUGCAACAAAAGAGAUCCGAGCCAAGACCGGGCGCCUGGCGAUUAACGAGAAGUGGAAACGUGGUCCUGAACCAGAGUUCGAGGACAGCCCUCCGAUGCUGACACCUGGAAAGCGAACACCGGGAAUACCGAAAGAGAAGGCCACUACAGGAGGCACUCGACGUUCCAGAUCUAAGGCGAAAGUUAAGACGAAGUUGUCACCAUACGUUGAGAAGUUGAAGAAGACCCCCGGUCAACCAAGUACAGUGGCGAAGUUGAGGUUUCACAACCAAGCCAUGGAGGAACUUCGUGGUAUGGAUGCGCAAGAAUUGCAAGCGAUCUGCAAAAGUGAAGGACUGGCAUACAAUGACAAAAUUGAUGCCAUUUUUGACAUCGCAAGCUACCGUACAAGAAAGGCCUUCAGAGAAGUGGAGCCGGUCGACCUAUUUGGCCAGAUGAGCCGGAAUGAAGAUGAUUCUACAUCGCUUGAAGACGAGGAUCAAGACCAGGACGCUUGAUGCGUUUACGGAGCUGGAGAGAUAUGGCGCAUCGUCCGGCUGUUGACGAGA